UAAACUAAUAUAGCAGGGUGUUCAAAUACUUAUUUUCUUCACUGUAAGUGAAGUCAAUUCACCUAUUUCUCUCUUCUCCCACUUAACAGUUCAUGCGUUUGCUUGGCCUCUCUCUCUAGAGCGUUUUAAUGUAUUCCUGCUACCCUGCCCCAACUUGGACAUCUAUGGAGAGUGUAUGAUGCAGAUCACCCAUGAGAACAUUUACCUCUGGGACAUUCACAAUCCCCGUACCAAAUUGAUCACCUGGCCACUCUGCUCCUUGCGACGCUAUGGACGUGACGCAACUCAUUUCACCUUUGAAACAGGAAGGCUCUGUGACAGCGGUGAAGGUCUCUACACAUUCCAGACCAGAGAAGGAGAGCAGAUAUAUCAAAUGGUUCACUCUUCCACACUGGCAAUUGCUGAGCAGCACAAGAAGGUUCUGAUGGAGGUGGAGAAAAGAAACAGAUUUAUGUUUCAAGGUUCGGAAUCAAACUCCUACCCAUCUACCCCAGUUGCCAUACUGCCCAGAUCAGCGUACUGGCACCAUAUCACUGGAACCCAGUCUUGCAUUAAUUCUGGCAGUGCUUCGGAAGAGCUGCUGAUGUCAACUUAUUUUCCGGGGGAAUGCUUUGCUUCUCUGCCCUUUGAAAACACCCAUGCACAUUCCCAGCCCGACAUAAAUUCACGUUGCCAAAGACUCCACCCGACCUUACCCAGACAGUGACAUAUUCACACGCAGAUGUGACUGUAAUUCUGAACCUAUAAAUAAAUGUAGCUUUGUCGUCUUCUCCGAUGUUAGCAUCGAGCUUUAGUUGGGGAAGAAUUAUCACACCAUUGAAGUUUACGUCUUCAUUCAGAAUAACAAUUUCACCUCUGGUAAUGCCUGGAUCUACACAUGGGCGAUCGGACCUCAAAUUUAUAUCAUGGUAUAAAUUAAAUUCCUUCACGGUAACAGUAUAUAUCACAUUAUAAGAUUCAGCGUAAAAAUGGUCAGCAUUGAUGAAUGGGACGUUGUUUUUGUAACUGUAAUAAUUAUUCUGUUGUGUUUUCAGCUGUUCAAGCACAUUUAAACAAGAUUGAGCCGAAGAACGU